AGUUUAGCCAAUCAGCUUCAGCUUCUAGUGUACCUCACUGACAAACUUACUCAUGAGCUCCUCUUCCUGCAUGCUCCCGGAUUUUGUGUAGCUGCCCGAUUGCAUGGUAGCGACCCGCCAAGGCUUACUGCGGUGAAACAUUCAGGAACCGCGAAGAGUAUGCUAAGGCGGGUUGCCUGAGACGUCGAUUUGAACUUACCUGACGGACUUAAUUCAUUUCCAUAUGAAUGGAAGCGGACGGUUUCGUCUCUAGACGAACCUCCGCGGAAACACCGGGAGUCGACAGCCGGGUCGCAGGCGCUGCAGCCGAGGCAGAGUUUCGAUGGCUGGGUGGCAGACUCCUGGGCGCCACGGGGAGACUUGUCGAGUCCUUUUCAUCGAGGAUGGCUGGGGAACAGGACUUUGCCCCGGUUUUGGAUCGACCGACACCGGAGACCUCCACCUCCGUCGAGCCAGAAAUAACGUUAGACUAUGAAGGACUGCCUCAGGGAAUAGCCACCAGCACACACAUGUUGGCUGGAGCUGUAGCUGGAAUCAUGGAACACUGCCUUAUGUAUCCCAUCGACUGUGUCAAGACUCGUAUGCAGAGCCUGCACCCCGAGCCAGGAGCCCGCUACAGGAACGUGAUGGAUGCCCUGCAGCAGAUUGUGCGGACUGAGGGUGUUUGGCGUCCCAUCAGAGGGGUAAACGUGCUGGUGGUGGGCGCGGGGCCUGCCCACGCUCUCUACUUUGCAUGCUACGAAAAGAUCAAGUUCUUGCUCAGUGAUGCCAUUCACCCAGGUGCUAACAGCCACUUUGCAAAUGGAGUGGCAGGCUGCAUGGCCACAGUGCUGCACGACGCCAUCAUGAACCCAGCUGAAGUUGUGAAACAGCGAAUGCAGAUGUUCAACUCGCCUUACCGUGGUGUGUUGGACUGUGUGGGCUCCUUGCUGAGACAUGAGGGCCUGGCCUCUUUCUACCGCAGCUACACCACUCAGCUGACCAUGAACGUGCCCUUCCAGGCGCUCCACUUCAUGACCUACGAGUAUCUCCAGGAGCUCCUCAACCCCCACAGACAGUACAACCCUUCCUCCCACGUUGUGUCUGGGCGCCGGGCUGGGGGACUGGCCACUACUCCACUUGACGUCUGCAAGACGCUCCUCAACACCCAGGAGGCUCGGGCCAUACAUGUGAUCCAGGCCGAGGCAGCUACAGCAGCUGGAGCUGUUGGGGGAGCCACCGCUUCGGCCUCUGCCAGAAGCCACAUCUCUGGUCUCGGUGAGGCCUUUCGGACAGUGUACAGGAUGGGAGGCACGCCGGCAUUCUUCAAGGGGGUCCAAGCCCGGGUCAUUUACCAGAUGCCCUCCACAGCCAUCAGCUGGUCUGUCUACGAGUUCUUCAAAUAUAUCAUCACCAAACGGCAGCACGAGAGACGGCUGCAUGGAGACCGUGACGGAGACAAAUAAGCACCUGGCACUAGGACUGGGUGUCAGCAACACAAAGGUUUAUUGCACCAUGCCGAUCACUGGUAUCGUGUGAAGGUUUGAAGAGCUCCAGAUUUUUAGGUUCUUUGAGAAGAAAGUCAGAUGCAGGGCAAAAACUCUUUCAUCUUGUUUACUGGUCUAGUUCAUAGCAGGUGAAAACACAUAGACAAGUUGUCUGAUGUGGGUUUGACAAAUGUCCAUCAGUACCCGUCUAUAGGAAGAAGUCCUUGAAAUCACUGACAGGAGGUCUGGUUCUAUGAACCAGCCCCAUUAAUUUCUGAUACUAUUUUUCAUUUAGCGUUCAGCUUUCAAAGGUUGAGUCUGUCCCUCACUUCCUUUUGACCACCAACAGGGUAGUUUGUUUUAUCUCCAGGACAUAAAAUUAACAAAACAGAGUCUAAGGUUAAAGUGCUGAAUUUAAGCUUUAAUUUGAAGGUGUAUACUUUCACUUCCACUUAACUGUGUAGACAUUGUAGCAUUUUUUAUACAUAUCCCCCAAAGGGAUUAAAAGGGCUAAUAGUCCUGCAGUGGAAAAACACUCAAAUACUUUUAAAGCUGAAAGUCAGCAGUUUAACCUCGUAGUUACAGUCCUCGGUGUUUAGUACAGAACCAAAACAAAAAUGCAUUUCUGUCCAAAUACUUCAGAACCACAGUGUGCACCAGGUUAACACUGCUCUUGGAACUGCAUAUGUCGCACUUCUGCAAAGUACUAAAACCACGUUACCUUCUGACCACAGGGGGGCGCACUGCUAAGCUGCUGUACCAAAUGGAAAAACAACUUGGUCCUUGGUUUACAAAAUUGUAACCUGUCACCAAACUGGAAAUGUUCUUAUUUCACAGAGAAAAGUGUUUUAAAACCAAGUAGCAACUUUUUCCUUCUAUAGUGAAUAUGUUGUGUUUUGGAACGAAAUCUUUUAUUACAGACAGAACAAAAAAGGCAAGAGAAGGCACCUUAGACAAUCACUUUUUUGUCACACAGCAUCUUAGCACUUAAUUUCUUUAUCAUUGUUAGGCAAAGUAACUUAGACACAAGUACAGAGACUACAUCAGCUACUCCUGCACAUGACUUCAGUUAGCCGCCAUGCAUCCAACGCACAACUACUGCACAGAGAUCCUUAGAUUGUUAUGAAGCCAUAAAGCUGGAAAUUGUACAUAAUAUAUAUUAAUGUAAGCAAAUAUAGGACCCCCCAAUGAAAUAACCAGCUAAGUUUCAGAGUUAACUUGUAUGUUGAUUAUACAAAUGUUAUGAUGUACAAGUUUUAUUGAGACUGUGGUGUAAAAAGGCAGGUUUUUGUAGGAAGCACACAAAGCCCUCAUGAAACGUAGCUAAAGGGAAAACCGUUUCAGACCACGUGCAUCAAAUGGAUGAAUUUACACAUGACUUGUAGUGUUUCUCAUGUUAAACCACAUUUCAACCAAAGACAGAGCAAUAGAGAGAAACAGGAGACGAACUGGUGGUUUGUCAGACGGCAACACUAAUGUGAAAUGCUUGAACACCGUCUGAAAGUGACACCUGUUUUUUGUGAAUUGUAAAUAAACUCGCUAAGGCAGCUCCUCGCAGAAGCAGGGUCUUCUCUUGGUGCUGGCUCUCCAAGCGCUGAGAGAA